AUGGCCCACCCUGUGGAGCCUCAGUUUCCCCUGGCACAGGAGCCAGGGACCACCUCACCUCUGGAGCUGCCGGAGAUGGAGAAGCUCCUCACCGAGGCGGAGGUCAAGGCCGAGAAGACUCGGAAGCUGUCCAAAUCCCUGUCGGGGGCGCUGGACCUAGAGCAGAAUGGCCACAGCCUGCCCUUCAGGGUGGCCUCCGAGCGGCACCUGGAGGCCCCGCUGGCCCCGUCAUCCUCACGGACCAGCUCCAGGAGGGCAUCCUCCAUCGCGACCGCCUCCUACACCCAGGACCAGGAGAUCCCUAAAGAUUAUCUCAUCCUUGCCAUCGCCUCUUGCUUCUGCCCAGUCUGGCCCCUCAACCUCAUCCCUCUCAUCUUUUCUAUCAUGUCUCGCGGGAGCGUGCAACAGGGGGACCUGGACGGGGCCCGGAGACUGGGCCGCCUGGCCAGGCUGCUCAGCAUCACCUUCAUCGUCCUGGGUACCGUCAUCAUCAUCGUGGCGGUGACUGUCAACUUCACAGUUUAG